UACGCGGCGCGUGUGUGUACUUUUUUUAUCUUAUUUUUUUAUGUGUGCAUGUGUUCACGCGCGCGUCCAUGUCUCACCUAGCAGCAGCAGCAGCGGUAGAUGUGAGUAUGCAUGAGGGCUCGAGCCAGCGGAGCUGAAGCAUCCGAGUCGUACUGCGCAGAGAUGCGGCGCACGUAGACGCGACAUGCGGACAACACCGGCUCACCUUUUCGCUGAAGUCAUGGUUCAAACACCGCUGAGAUAAUUUUUAAUGUUUGUUUUGAAAUGGCGACGUUGAAGUCGAGGUGAGCAGCUCCGUUGCUCGGUCAGCUCGCCUGCCUGAGGAGACUGUGCGCACUUUUAUCUCGCUCUUUUGCGAGGACGAGCAGCCGAAACAGUGAAUUUUUGUUCCUUUGUCAUCGACUACUGAAGAGGGAAUCAUGACGACGGGACAGGAUGAAAGCACGGUCCGUGUGGCCCUAAGGAUUCGUCCUCAGCUGGCCCGGGAGAAGAUAGAAGGAUGUCAUAUCUGCACAUAUGUGAUGCCCGGGGAGCCACAGGUGAUCCUGGGCAAAGACAAGUCCUUCACCUACGAUUACAUGUUCGACAUGGACUCCACGCAGGAUGCCAUCUACACCACCUGCACCGAGAAGCUGAUCGAGGGCUGCUUAGAGGGCUACAACGCCACCGUGUUUGCAUAUGGACAGACGGGUUCAGGGAAGACCUACACCAUGGGAACGGGCUUCGAUGUCAACAUUAUGGAUGAAGAGCUGGGUAUCAUUCCCAGAGCUGUCCACCAUCUCUUCAAGGGCAUCGAGGAGCGCCGCCAGGCCGCCCAAGAGCAGGGACUGCCCGUACCAGAGUUUAAAAUAAACGCACAAUUCCUUGAGCUUUAUAAUGAGGAAGUUCUGGACCUGUUCGACUCAGUACGAGACAUGAAGCAGAAAUCGCACAUCAAGAUCCACGAGGACGCCAAUGGGGGAAUCUAUACGGUCGGUGUGACAACACGGACCGUUUCCUCCGCGGCUGAGAUGAUGCAGUGCCUGAAGCUGGGCGCGCUGUCUCGCACCACAGCCAGCACUCAGAUGAACGUCCAGAGCUCUCGAUCUCACGCCAUCUUCACCAUCCACCUGUGCCAAGUUCGCGUCUGUGCCUCCGACAAUCAAGAAACUGACAACAGAGUCUCCAACGGAAACUCUGAGAUGGACGAGUAUGAGACGCUGACGGCCAAGUUUCACUUUGUGGACCUGGCUGGUUCUGAGAGGCUGAAGAGAACCGGAGCGACGGGCGACCGAGCCAAAGAGGGCAUCUCCAUCAACUGUGGACUGCUCGCUCUGGGGAAUGUAAUCAGCGCUCUAGGUGACCGGAGCAAGAGGAGCUCACACGUGCCUUACAGAGACUCCAAACUGACCCGACUCCUGCAGGACUCGUUGGGAGGAAACAGCCAAACAGUGAUGAUCGCCUGCAUCAGCCCGUCCGACCGUGACUUCAUGGAAACGCUGAACACCUUGAAGUAUGCCAACCGAGCCCGGAACAUCAAGAACAAGGUGAUGGUGAACCAGGACAAGGCCAGCCAGCAGAUCAGCGCUCUGAGGACGGAGAUCGCUCGGCUGCAGAUCGAGCUGAUGGAGUACAAGACUGGCAAACGCCUGACGGGUGAAGACGGUGUGGAGAGCUUCAGCGACAUGUUCCACGAGAACUCCAUGCUGCAGACAGAGAACAGCAACCUGAGGGUGAGAGUGAAGGCCAUGCAGGAGACGAUUGACGCCCAGAGAGCGAGGCUCACCCAGCUGCUCAGUGACCAGGCCAAUCAAUCCCUCGCCAAAGCAGGUGAAGGAGGAACUGAAGAAAUUGGAAACAUGAUCCAUGGUUACAUCAAAGAGAUUGAGGACCUCAGGGCUAAACUCCUGGAGAGCGAGGCUGUGAAUGAAAACUUGAGGAAGAAUCUGUCUCGGGCCUCCAGUCGUCAGUCGUUCUAUGGAGGGCCCGGCUCCUUCUCCUCCCCGUUAAUGGCCCCCGAGAAAGAGACCUCCGACAUCAUCGAACUCGCAAAGAAAGACCUGGAGAAACUGAAGAAACGAGAGAAGAAGAAAAAGAAAAGACUCCAGCUGCUGUUGGAGGAGAGAGAGAGGGAGGAAAGGGAGGAGGUGGUGGAAGAGGUUGAGGACGCCAGUGCCAACAAGGAAGAAGUUCCCGACAACGAGCAAGAAAAGGGCACGGAGAAGGAAUUGGCGGAGCGAGUCAAUGAAGACCCAGAAAUAGAGGUCCAGGAAGGCAGCGACCACGAGGAAGCAGAAGAGGAAGAGGAUGAAGACGAGGAGGAGAUGGAUGUGGAGGAGAGCUCUGAUGAUUCUGACUCAGAGUCGGAUGAAAAAGAGAACUUCCAGGCCGACCUGGCCAACAUCACCUGCGAGAUCGCCAUCAAGCAGAAGCUGAUCGACGAGCUGGAGAACAGCCAGCGGCGUCUGCACACACUCAAACAGCAGUACGAGCAGAAGCUGAUGAUGCUGCAGUGCAAGAUCAAGGACACCCAGCUGGAGCGGGACCGUGUCCUCCAAAACAUGACUUCAGUAGAGAGCGGUACAGAAGACAAGGCCAAAAAAAUCAAGACUGAAUACGAGAAGAAGCUGAGCAUUAUGAACAAGGAGCUCCAGAAACUCCAGUCGGCUCAGAAGGAGCACGCCCGCCUGCUGAAGAACCAAUCACAGUAUGAGAAACAGCUGAAGAAGCUUCAGAUGGAUGUGGCUGAAAUGAAGAAGACAAAGGUUCGUCUCAUGAAGCAGAUGAAGGAGCAGCAGGAGAAGAACAGGAUGAACGAGUCUCGUAGGAACAGAGAGAUCGCCUCCUUAAAGAAAGACCAGCGCAAACAAGAGCACCAACUAAAACUACUGGAGGCUCAGAAAAGGCAGCAGGAGCUGAUUCUGCGGAGAAAGACUGAAGAGGUGACGGCUCUGAGGAGACAGGCCAGGCCCACCUCAGGGAAGGUCGUCAGGAAGGUCAAUCUGCCAGAUUCAGCCCAAGACUCCUCUCAUAGACCCCCAUCUGGACGCCUGUACUCCUCCGGCAACGCUGCUCCAAACGGCACCAGGUCUUUCUACAGACGUACAGCGGGUGUUUACUUCACCAGAGUGGCCCGUAAUAAGUGGCAGUCUCUGGAGCGACGGAUCUCUGACAUCAUCAUGCAGCGGAUGACCAUCUCCAACAUGGAGGCAGACAUGAACCGCCUCCUCAAGCAACGAGAGGAGCUGACCAAGCGUAAAGAGAAGGUCAUCAGGAAGAGGGACAGGCUGAUGAGGGAGGGGCCAGAGGUGGAGAAGGCGGCGGUUCCACUCAGCGAGGAAGUGGACGCUUUGGCGGCUAACAUCGACUACAUCAACGACAGCAUCGCUGACUGUCAGGCCAACAUCAUGCAGAUGGAGGAAACAAAGGAGGAAGGCGACACUGUGGACAUCUCUGCCGUGGUGGGUUCUUGUACCCUGACUGAGGCUCGUUUUCUACUUGAUCACUUCAUGUUAAUGGCUAUCAACAAGGGUCUCCAGGCGGCCCAGAGGGAGUCCCAGGUGAAGGUGAUGGAGGGCCGACUGAAGCAGACAGAGAUCACUAGCGCCACGCAGAACCAGCUGCUGUUCCACAUGCUGAAGGAGAAAGCAGAGUUCAACCCCGAGCUGGACGCGCUGCUGGGGAAUGCACUGCAAGAGCUAGGUAACAUCCCGGCCGAGAACGGGGAUGACAGCAGCAGUGAUGAGUCUGCACAGAGCCCGUCUGCAGAGGGAAACACCUUGGCAUCAGAUCUCAUGAAACUCUGCGGAGAGAACAAAACAAGAAAUAAGGCCCGUAGAAGGACCACAACUCAGAUGGAGUUGCUUUACGCUAACAGUGACUCCGCCCCCGAUGCUCCCGCUGACUUCUCCGGUCCGAUGCUGCCGUUAGCUGAAACACCCGACGGGGGAGGAGACCUGGACUCGUCAGGCUCCUCAGUCAGGGACUACACAGCUCUCUCCCCCGGCUUUUCCUCUAAAAUGGGCAGCAUUUCUGGCUCCAGAACUUCACCAGGGCGGGAAAAACGCACUCCGGAGCCCUCCCCGCUCGCUCGCAGGAAGACCUAUGACAAGUCACAAGCAGCAUCGGACAGGGCAAAGAUCAAGGAGAUUAAACAUACAGAUGGAUGCUGUCACCUGUCCUCCAACCACAUGCUACAUAAUGUUUCCCCUCCUCCAUCGGAACCACCCAAGGGCGUCAUUAAUCCUGUGCCGGCCACUAAGAGCAGCCGUUCAGCGACCUUGCAGUGCGUCCACGUGGCGGAGGGACACAAUAAAGCGGUCUUGUGUGUCGACUGCACUGAUGACCUCCUCUUCACCGGAUCCAAAGACAGGACCUGUAAGGUGUGGAAUCUGGUGACGGGUCAGGAGAUAAUGUCCCUGGCCGGUCAUCCCAACAACGUGGUGUCGGUCCGCUACAGCUCCAGUCUGGUCUUCACCGUCUCCACCUCCUACAUCAAAGUCUGGGACAUCCGGGACUCUGCCAAGUGCAUUCGAACAUUGACGUCCUCUGGUCAGGUUAAUGUGGGAGAUGCCUGUGCGUCUAACACCAGUCGGACGGUCACCAUCCCUGCAGGAGAGAAUCUAGUCAACCAGAUUGCUCUGAACCCAAACGGAACGGUUCUGUAUGCCGCCGCUGGAAACUCAGUCAGAGUCUGGGAUCUGAGAAGAUUUGCGUCCACAGGGAAACUUACCGGUCACCUCAGCCCUGUCAUGUGUCUGACUGUGGAUCAGUCUGGAAACAACCAGGACAUGGUGAUCACCGGGUCCAAGGACCACUACAUCAAGCUGUUUGAUGUGACCGAAGGCUCUCUGGGGAGCAUCAGCCCCACACACAACUUUGAACCUCCCCAUUACGACGGAAUCGAGUCUCUGGUGGUCCAGGGGGACAUUUUCUUCAGCGGCUCCAGAGACAACGGCAUCAAGAAGUGGGACCUGGACCGCAAAGACCUGCUGCAGCAAGUCCCAAACGCACACCGUGACUGGGUUUGUGCACUCGGUGUCGUGCCGGGGUCUCCUGCCUUGCUGAGUGGCUGCAGGGGUGGAGUGCUCAAGCUGUGGCACACGGACACUCUGGGGACUCUGGGGGAGCUGAAGGGGCAUGAAAGUCCCAUCAACAGCAUAUCUACCAACAGCAGCCACCUGUUCACCGCCUCCGAUGACCGGACUGUGAAGAUCUGGCGUGCACGUGGCGGACUGGACAGCAACUUGGAGACGGUCGACAACGCAGAUGAGGUGGCCAGUAUCUGAACACAGAAGCCACCUGCUGGGUGUGACUUUAGAGGACACUUAAGGGCAUCUUUGGAUGCUGCUGCCCUGCACUUUGAUCCCCCAACUUAUUAAGCCCAACGCUGACUCCUGAAACACACCUUUAACGCCAUGUGACCUUUGUGACUGAGCCAAGAACGAAGACAUGUCCACCCACACUAGCACCAUACUUUUUUUCUUAAACUCGUGCUAGUUAGUUUAGUUUAAUGUAUUGUUCAUACUCUUUGCAGUAUUUUUUUUCUCUUUUGCGCUGUAGACGAUUUGUCAUCUCAGAACAUGAGAACAUCACAAAGUCAGAUCAAUCGAGACUCGAAGACGACAAAGACAGAAAGUAGCUGAGCGCUAUUCAGAACUGUGCCAGGAUCAAAUAUAGAAAAGAAAGAAAGGCUUUUGAAGUCAAGGAAGAGAAGAGAAGGUGGCCGAGCGAACGGGUUGGUAGCUGGUCUUCCCAAACCCAGUUCUCGGGUUUGUGAGGAUUGUUUGAGAUUGCUUUUCUGCAUUGAAGCAGAGCAAAUGUCCCUGCGCUCCUUUUCCUCUUAAGAUUAAUCAAAGUGGCUUUACUGCUCGUGUUAAAGACAAAUCAUCCUUCCCCUAAACUUCCCCUUCCUGCUUUUGUGCUCCUCCCUCCGAAAUUCAUGCAGCUGUUUAAGAUCAGCGACCAAAAUUGCGCACACAUUUGUUGUCCUUGCUGUCCUGCACUGCACUCGUGAACACAUCACACUUUACAGUAGCAGCAAAAAGUUUGACAUUUUGAGACGUAUAUUUAUUCCCUUUCUACUCUUGUGUCUGUCUGUGAAAUAGAGUUUGGUUAGCUUGGCUUAGCAUAGCAUAAAGGCUGGAAACAGGGAAAAUAGCUGCUAUGGCGUUAUCCAAAGGGAGAAAAGCAUCUGACUGUCAGCAUCUCUGAAGUUAAAUAACUAAUAUGGUUUUUCUUUUCUAAGUUUUAGGUUUGAUUCACAGGGAAGCGCCUUAUGAUUAACAUGAUGUGUUCAUUACUGAAUAGUUUAGAAUUAGCCAAAAUACAGCAAGCCAGAGCUUUAUCUAACAUAAUUGUUUUUGUUUAAUUAAAGGGGAAGAAUAUGAGUGUUCCCUUUGUCCUCUGCUCUCUGCACAGUCGUGUUUAAGAGACUCCCUCAGACAACAGGAGCCCCGCUUCAGAGCAAGAAAAGACGUAACAGUAAAGAGUAGCAGCUGAUGAGCUGAGCCACUGAUGAUGUCACUUGUGAUAAAGCUUGUCAAGUCACCAGCUGCCGAUUGUCAAACACACGGUCUGUAUCAGCAGUUGUCAGCUUUAAGCGACGUCAGUAAGUUUCAAUCUUACGACUGGUUAGAAAUGACAGAGUGGUAACAGAGCAGUCGUGUUCAGAGAAGAACAAUAUUCAAACAAUCUUCUAUGAGUCAAGGAAACAAAAUCAUAGAUCGUUUUAGUUUAUAACCAUUCAAAAUAUAAUAGAAACAGUAAGAUGAUAAAACAGAUUUUUAUAAAAAAAACCUCAGUAAUGUGCUGGAAUAUAUCUCGGAGGGCAGCUGUAACCUCCUCUGGUAAUUCAAUUCUUACACCUACAGUACCGUGUGAAAGUCUAAGGUCACCUCUAGCCAUCUUUAUUCAUAACUCGCCCUCUUUAUUUAGAUACAACCUGGAAAAUAGCAACCAGGAAAUACUUCGAUUCAUUCUGACCUCCCUCUGUGUUUAGCACAUCUUGAACUCGUUAGUGGAGAUUGUCUUGAAGGUUUCUGCUAAUAACAGGCUUUUUUCAGCCGUUCUUCUCUAUAUUGAAGCAUUCUUGUAUUUCUGUCUGCCCAGGUGAUCCCAUACUGUCUCUGUCAUAUCCAGGUCUGGACUCUGUGGAAGCCAGUGCAUGGCUGUCAGUGUUUUAUCAGCUGUUUAUCUUUCCAAAUGUGAUUCACUGCAUUAGGGCAGUGUGUUUGGUUUGAAGUCGUGGUCAGGCUGAAAAAUAAAUCCAUUUACAAUCAGGCUCUUUCCAGGAGGACAUAUCAUAAUAAAGCACUGUCCUGUAUUUGAUGUAUGGAUUAGUAAAAAAACAGAUGUGAUGAGUCGAUUUGAGAGCUUGGAGUUUCCAAUAGGCAGAUUUAUUUUUCAUACUUCAAGCCAGAGACAGGCUAGCUGUUUACCCCUGCUUCCUGUCUUUAUGCUAAGCUAAGCUAACUGGCUGCAAACGCUCAGAGAUAAAGGGAAUAAACCUUCAGAAAAUGUCAACGUAUUCUUGUAAAUCUUGAGCACUUGUGAAAACCGACACAAUGAGUCUUUGUUAAAACAGUUAAUCCUUCAUAAAUAUGAAUAGGUUCAGAUAUAUUCUGCACUUGUUGUCCGUGUUUCAUCGUACUUGUAAACGUGUGCUCACUCUCACAUGUUGCGGUUAGCGCUCACUGAACCUUCACUACUGACAUGUCGUCUAACUCCCGUGCUGCUAAGUCGUGUGCUCACCUUCUUCAACCCUAUAAGAGGGCUCUCUCAUCAUGGACUCCGGGUGAGGUCCAAUCAGUAGGCUACCCAGCAAUGUGUUUGUAUAUAAAUGUGAUAAUAUCUUUUUUUUGUUUUUUUUUUUGAAGAGGAGAGGCCUUCAGACUUUGCCCCAUGUUGUGAGAAUAACCCCUCGCCCGUCUCCCAGUUCUGAUCCUCGCGGCGCCUUCCCGGAGACACUCGCCGUCUCUUAUGAUGCAACUGUCGCGAUUGUGUGCUGUCACUUUUUGAAUGUUCGAUGAAACAGCCGCUGUUGGCAUUAUUUGAGUACAUAUCUAAUGUAUGUAAACGAUGUAUUUAAAAAUAAAUCAGACCGAAUGUUUGUUGUGUGGGACCACAGAUUUGGAAACAGUCCCACGUGAGAGCUGAGCGGACCAGAUUAAAAACUGUGGACGGAGUUUUUCCUCCAGUGAGCUGGCAGAUUGUGUUUUGUGGCCUACACGUUUUUCUUCUCUCUGUUCUUCUGUUUGUAAUGCUCGCCCUGUUACACAUUUCCCAGGCGUCUCCCCCUCUCUUUCUCUCUCUGGAGUUUUAGAAGCCAUUCCCGAAUGGCCAACUCUGUAGCGAUUCUAAUGUCAGAUGCCUGGUGAGAAUAAACACCAUCUGUCAAAAACAGCAA